AUCUCAUUUCCCAUCCUCCACCUUUUAUAUAUUCCUCCUUUACCCAAACGCUGCCUUCUCUCCUCAUCACACUCUCCCUCCCAACUCAUAUCACUUGAAACCAAAAAUGAACUCCAUCACUAAAAUUCUCUUCACCAUCUUUCUUCUCACUGCUGCAUCUUCACUCUGUUACUCGACCCGACCCGCUUCCGACAAACCCUUCUCUGCUGAACUCAAGCACUCCUCCAAGUCCAAGGGAACCCCUUCAAACCAGAACAACAACAAAGGUGGUAGUGGCAACCCCGGUAUUCCAGGCGGGUUUUUCGGACCCGGACCCGCUUUCAACAUACCCGGAUUCGGAAACGGUUUCGGCAACGGGAUCAUAGGUGGCGGGUACGGAUCCGGGUAUGGUGGUCCGAGUGGGGGCCAUUCCAGAAAUGGAGUAGUGAGGCCCACUGUGGUGUGCAAGGAAAAGGGACCCUGUUACCAAAAGAAGCUGACGUGUCCAGCUAAGUGUUUCACCUCCUAUAGCCGGUCAGGGAAGGGGUACGGUGGCGGUGGCGGUGGUGGCGGGUGCACCAUGGACUGCAAGAAAAAAUGUGUUGCUUAUUGUUAGAAGGAUAUAGGCUGAGGCUUCGGUGUGACAGUGUCAGCCGGUAGACGGUAAUAUGGUUGGUUUCUAUACUAUAGUAUAGUAUACAGUAUAAUCUAAUGCAGUUUUUAGUAGAUCAUAUAUGUAAUAUCAUACAAUAUAAUAUAUUUAUAUAGUAUUGUAUAAGUUGUGGUAUUUGGUGUGUAAGAGUUUUUAUGACUCUGAGAAACUCUUUAGUUAUCUACUUACUUUAAAUUUGGUGCU